CUCGCGGUGCACAGGUCUAUCAUGGAGGCACAAAGAAUCUCGCGAAAGCCGAUCGCAGCAAGCUCAUCAAGUCCUUGCUCAAUCAGUGAGCUCUCAUCACACGACGCGAGAGGUAUGACGUCUAUACCAACAGACCCUGCCGCAAUAAAUCAUGCCCCUUUAUCCGAGAGAAACCCAGAAGGGUCGGAUCCCAAGGACCAUCUCAUCACGGAGAACAGCGAUCGCGCAGAAUCUGCGGGUCAAGAGAGAUACGUAAGAUGGGAGAUCGCGUGGAUAACCCCUAUGCUCAUGGUCUUGUGGGCGCUUGCCGGCCUUGGAUUGGCCCUUGGACAUCACUUCUACUAUUAUUCGCUCGACAGGACCAUUCCCGGCUCCUCGACUCGUCAAAACUUCGCUUUGCGGUUCGGCACCGCAUUUUCCUUUCUUACCAUCACCUGCCUUAGAGUCUCCUGCGCAAUCGUCUACAAGCAGUACAUAUGGACCCUAUUCAAGCGCAAGUCUUUCUCUCUUCGCACGGUGGACCGAUUGUUCGCUGCCACCCAAGACCCGCUCGCGCUAUUCAGCGUUGAGUUCUUGCGACAGGCCAAAGUCGCUUAUCUCAUAGCUCUCGCGUGCUGGUGCAUGGCCUUGGCCGGACUUGCACCUCCAGCUACGCUUUCGGUAGUUUCAGGCUCCAUGAACCACACCGGGAAGGUAUCUUGGCCGUCAUUGGACUGGAAUACCACAAGAUUCUACGACAUGGAAUCCCAUGCAGCUCAACCGAGUCCCGAAGUUCUUCGCAUUGCCACACUUGCUGCUGAAUCAAUGGCCGUCAUUCUCCCCACGCCGCCUGCGCCCAAUUCAUCAUUCAAUCUACUAUUUUUUGGGCCGAGCAUGCAGUGCUCUCUUGCCGACAGUUCCCAGAAUUCUCUCCUUGAAAAUCUUGCAGAUGCCAUGGCAAAUGAGUCCGUGAUGAAAGUUACAAAGUCGCUCUUCGAAUCUAGUAAACUCAGAUGGGGAGAACAGGGGAUACCAGGCGGCAUUGCACCACUCAUGAAUGUCUAUUCGGCAUUUUCUCCCUCGUCAGGUCGGAUGGGUUGGCUUCGGGAAUUCGGAGACUACGUCAUUUUUCCCGUAGAUGCCUUCAACAACUGGACACCAAACAAUACGCUAGAAUUUCAACUACGCUCCAACUCAGAUGAUGUACUGGCCGAUCACUGGGAAAUCGUGCAGCAGUUAUGGAUACAAACUGCUGAUCAAGGGAUCGUGUGUACCUUCGGGAAUGCUUCAUUUAAUGUUCUGUUUGAGUUUGUGAACGCCGUUCAGACAAAGGUUGAAUACGUCAUUACAGAUUUCACGAUGUACAAGGUGAGAGAUGUUGGCUACCAGGUGACGCCAUAUCAUCAAUACAGCCCAGGCGUCAUAGCUGGCCUUAAUUCGUACAUGGCAAUGUAUCUGGCCCUCUCUGGCCUGCUGAAUGGCAACAUAUCAACCACGCUUACCAACGGAGAGGAUCAUGGGAACAGUCAGCGGAUCACCUUCGAUGGUAACGUCAGCGUAUAUGAAGGUACCAGCAAGAUCCUGCAGCACGGACUCAGUGCAUGCGACGAGAUUGUGGCUGGCUACUGGACCAGGGAUAACGCAAUUGGAAUAGGAGAAGAUGGACCAGUACUAUGGCAGCAAGCGGGUGCGGCCCUAGAGGGGUAUGGCAACCCCAAUUCUUCAAGCAACGCUGGUGGUGGUCCAAUAGAAGGUUUCAAUAUCGAUCCAUCAGCAAAAUUCUCCAAAAUAUCCAACAAUCUGUUCACCAAACCCGCAUAG